AUGGUCAAAUUCUACGAAAGCUCUUUCAACUAUGACUACCCUUUGCCAGCCGUGAGCCUUGCCUACUUUCUCCGUUACCCGAACCCUUACGCAACUCACGUGCUCUCCACCGAUGUCAUCGACCGCCAUUUCGACCCAGCUACACAACGACUCAGUACUACGCGAUUGCACCUUAAAAAAUCAAAACUGCCUCCCACGGUGCUGAAGUUGUUACCAAAAGGCAUAUUGGGUUCAAGCGCGGACGCUGGACAGAGCUACAUUCUCGAGAAAAGUGUGAUUGAUGUCAAAGAGGGAUGGAUGAAGACAGAAUCGAGGAAUCUAGAGUGGACUGGCAUAUUGAGUGUGAUUGAGAAGCAAGUUUAUAGGCGGCCGUCUUCGGGGACCGCCACGCCAGAAAUUCCCAGACUAGAUUUGGUGGAGAGCACGAAAGGCGAGGGAACGGAUGUAACGACCACGGUCACCCUCCUGUCACGCUUUGGACAAGCGAAAACACUGAGGAAGAAAGGAGAAGUUGGCGCAACCAUUCCAUUACCGGCAUCGGAUUCAGAGGAGGAACUUCCGCCAAAGAAGGGCUUCUUCUCUUCAUGGUCUACCUCGUCACUUCAGCGCAGCAUCGAGAUGAUCGGGUUGAGAAGGACCAGGGAAGCAACAGGGAAGAGUAACGAAGGCAUGAAAGUUGUCCUAGAACGGCUUCGUGGUGGUGGCCUCGGUCGGGUCCUUGAAGGCAUGCAGGAAGAUCGGCAAAGGGCAUUCGGACAAGACCCUGGGUCAUCUUUCAAGCGGGCAUGGCGACAGGAACAAGACUCGAGCAGCGAGAGUUAG